AUGCAGUCAUUCAUCAGAGCCUUUCUUUUCCUCGGCCUCCUCGCCGCCCUGGUUGCGGCCGCGCCGUCACCGAUGGUCCAGAAGCGAGGAGUCUUCAAGGUCGAGCGGGUGGCAAACCCCAACUUCAAGGGCCACAAUGGACCCAGACAACUGCUCAAGUCGCUGAGGAAAUACCGCAUGAACAUCCCACCAGCAUUGAUGGACUCGAUCCGCAACCAGGGUUCGACGACCACUGCUAUCGAGGACAAGCUCACCAACAGCGCCGUGGCCAAGGAGUCCGGUCCCGGCCCGGCCAAGCUUGCACCGCUCGUCAACGUUAACGCUGCCAACACUACCUCCAACGCUGCCAACGGUACUGCUGGUGUCGGUCUCGUCACAGCCACUCCCGAGCAGGGCGAUGUCGAGUAUCUGUCCCCGGUGAACAUUGGUGGCCAAACCCUGAACCUCGACUUUGACUCGGGCUCGUCCGACCUCUGGGUCUUCAACACUCAGCUCGCUGCUGCCUCCACCACUGGCCACACCCUCUACGACCCCACAAAGUCCACGACUCUGAAGAUGGUUCAGGGCGCGUCCUUCUCUAUCAGCUACGGUGACGGCUCUGGGGCAGCUGGCAACGUUGGAACUGAUACCGUCAACAUCGGUGGCGCCACAGUCACUGACCAGGCUAUCGAGAUGGCCACCGCUGUUUCGCAGUCGUUCACUCAGGACACCAACAACAACGGUCUGGUUGGUCUGGCAUUCAGCAAGCUCAACACUGUCAAGCCGCAGCAGCAGAAGACAUUCUUCGACAACGUCAUGCCGUCGCUCGCUGAGCCCGUGUUCACUGCCGACCUUCGCAAGGCCUCCGUGGGUGCGUACGAGUUUGGCAGAAUCGACAACACUAAGUUUAACGGCACCAUGACCUGGGUCCCUGUCAACACUACCCAAGGCUUCUGGCAAUUCCCAUCUCAGAUGUUCGCAGUCGGCACUGGCGCACCCGCAAUGGGUCAGGCUGGCUUCCAGGCCAUCGCUGACACCGGCACGACCCUGAUCAUCACCAACCCUACCGUUGUCAGCGGAUACUACUCCCAGGUCCAGGGUGCCGUCAAUGACCAGCAAGUUGGAGGCGUCACUGUUCCUUGCGAUGCUCAGCUGCCAGAUCUCAUGAUGUCCGUCGGUGAUAACUUCAUGGCUCGUGUCAAGGGCGCUGACAUCAACUUCGCCAAGGUCCAGGGUAACACCUGCUUUGGCGGUGUUCAGGCCUCGCAAGGCAACCUCGGCAUCUACGGUGACAUUUUCUUCAAGUCCCAGUUCGUCGCCUUCAACGGCGGCAACAACUCGCUCGGCCUGGCAGAGCACCAGUAA